AUGCUAGAACUAAUUGGGAAAAUAUCAGACUUAGUGCAUCUAACUGAUGGUUUAUCGACUAGUGCUUGUUUUUCACCUGAUGGUACAAAACUUGCUAUUGUAGAUGGACUAUCUGUGGUUAUCUAUGAUAUCUCAAGUGGUGAAGUUUUUCAGACUAUACUGACUUCUCAUGUUAAAUCAAUUUCUCAAGUUUGUUGGUCUCCAGAUGGCCAAUGUGUAGCUACUGCUUCAGAUGAUUUCACUAUUAACGUAUUGCAUCUGUUAUAUGGUCAAUUGUAUAUUCUCAUGGGACAUACAGCUCCUGUGAUAUCAUUGUGCUAUAAUUCAAAGGGUAACUUACUUUGUUCAUCCUCUAUGGAUGAAAGUAUUAAGAUUUGGGAUACUUUAAACGGUACCUUAAUGAGAACUAUAUCUGCACACUCCGAGGCUGUUGUCUCCAUAGAUAUAUGUACUUUCGAUAGCUCGAUAUUGAGUUCAGGUUCGUUCGAUGGAUUAAUUCGUAUAUUCGAUACUGCUACCGGCCAUUGUUUAAAGACAUUGACUUAUGAUAAGGAUUGGAAGCGAGAAACAGGUGUGGUACCCAUAUCACAAGUGAAAUUCUCAAAAAAUGCCAAAUUCUUACUUGUCAAAUCAUUAGAUGGAGUCGUUAAAAUCUGGGACUGUGUAAGAGGGAAUGUCGUACGAACAUUUCCUCUACAAGAUGAUAACGAUAUAGAUACAAACAAAAAGGACGGAGAAGAACAAAUAGACAAUAAACAACAAGGAAAACAACUAAAACAAAUGAAUUACUCAUGUGGUAUGGACUUUCUAUAUCCAGAAGACGAUGAUAAACCUCCAAUUGUCAUAAGUGGUUACGAUAAUGGUGAAAUUUAUUGUUGGGAUACAAGUGAUAAAAAACUAUUACAGCUCUUAAAAAGUGAUGAAUAUCAUAAGGACAGCCCAAUUAUAAGCAUCGAUUGUCAUGGGAGCAUGGUAUGUUCUCUGUCACUCAAUGGUGAAUGUUAUCUAUGGACUUGGAAAUAA